AUGAAGAUUCUUACAGAGGAAGAAAAGCAAGAACACACCAAACGUUUGAUCGUUGAAGGUCUUAAGGGUACUGUUGUUGGUUUGGCAGUGUCAUAUGGUUUAACUUUUGCCCUUAAGAAGAAGUUCCCAAUCAAGUACAACCAAAUGAACUUCUCAACCAAAACUGCAUUAUAUGUUGUUCCAACUGCCGGUAUAAUUGCUCUUUACCAAGAUGAUGGAUCCGUCAAAUUUGAAGAAGAAAAAUAUAGAGGGUCUUUAAUGCAAAAGCAACGAGAAGAAUUACAAGCUAAAUGGGAUAAGAUGACUACCAAUGAAAAGGCUUUCCACAUGGUUAAUGACAACAAGUACAAAAUCAUUGUUGGUGCUUGGGCAGCAUCAUUAUAUGGUUCUUGGAGACUUGUGAACAGAGAUAAGUACAUGGAUGCCGCUCAAAAGGCUGUACAAGCCAGAGUUUACGCUCAAGGUAUUACAGUUGUAUUGUUAUUGUCUACUAUUUUGUUGAGCAUGUACGAAGCAAAGUUAAAGAAGGACGAACCUGCUCCUAUUCCAGAAUGGAAAAAGUAUUUGGAUGAACAACAAGCUUUGAAGGAAGCCAAAGAGCACCAAAAUUAG